GCGCCGUACCAUUGAUACUCCGGCCGUCGGGAACGCCGGUACUCGCUUUGGGAUACACAAAAUAAUAAUUUAAAUUCGGUUUCAAAAGUGCCUAUAGGUAUCAAAAGUUUUUAUUAGUGUUUGUGACCACAAAUAGCACGACCAGAAAUAGAGGAUAGAAUUUAGCAGCUAUGGACGAGAAAAAGGCGUUAGAAAUAAGUGAUAAGCUUUUUAGCGUAGUUCACUUCUUAGAACUGCCUCACGAUGAUAUUAACAAGACGGUCUGUGUUCCUCGCCGUUGGGGAGAUGCGAAAGGGAAGAACAUAAUGAGACACAUAAAGUAUCCAAUAGAAGAUGCUUAUCAGACGGAAAUCCGAGUGCGGAAACAAGAAAAGCCUAGUAAAGAUUGGGGAACGUAUGAAGUAGUGGAAUUGGCUGUUGUAGGAUCUUAUGAAGAUGCUGAAAGUGAAAUCGCCAAGAGAAACAAGCGCGAAACAGCCAAGAAGAAGAAAUAUGCAUCAAAAGUUAAAGGUAAAGAUACAAAGAAACUGGGUACAACGAUGAAAGCUCAAACCAAAAAACGUAAUAUAACGAAGGAAAAAAUGCAUGAAAAUGUUGAAUUAGCAAAGAAGUAUCAGCUAUUAUUUGGUGGUGAAGAUGAUCCGAAGACAACAAAGACACAAACAAAUUUUAAUGAAGGAUACUCAACAUCCAAUAACACACACAAUCAUCGAACCAAUGGACAAGCAUAUUGUUGUAAAGAAUAUCCUGGAGUUUUUUCAAAUCCUUGGCAUAAUCAAAAUUGUUUUUACAAACCCAGAUUGACUGAAGGAUUUAAAAUCUAUAUAAAUGGUAUUGAUGUUAAUACUUAUCCACAUAUCAGUGUACAUAUUGUUCCUACAAUAAUAGAACCAUGCAAUCACAAUAAUCUAGCCCAGAUCCCACCUCAAUAUUGUCAAAACUUUAAUCAUUUACCUUCUGGGCUAUUUAUUCCGGGACCAUCUACACAACCUGUUUUUAAUCAAGGGAUAAGAGUACGAAGCCAAAUUAACGAAGAAAAUAAUUCGCAGAUGCGAAAGGACCCAAGUAGCGGUCAAAUGACAGAGAAAACCAACAACAGAAAUAGUUCAUACACACAAACUGAAAAUGACUCGAAUGUAUCUCAGCAAGUUCAAACUAAUAGGACAUCUAAUUCGGAAUCUCAAACAGAGUCUUGUGCAACUAACAUAGUGACAGAGAAGACCAACAACAGAAAUAGUUCAUAUACACAAACUGACAUUGACUCGAAUGUAUCUCAGAAAAUUCAAACUAAUAAGACAUCUAAUUCGGAAUCUCAAACAGAGUCUUGUGCAACUGACAUAGUGACAGAGAAAACCAACAACAGAAAAAGGUCAUACACACAAACUGAAAAUGACUCGAAUGUAUCUCAGCAAGUUCAAACUAAUAAGUCAUCUAAUUCGGAAUCUCAAACAGGGUCUUUUGCAACUAACAUAGUGACAGAGAAAACCAACAACAGAAAUAGUUCAUACACACAAACUGAAAAUGACUCGAAUGUAUCUCAGCAAGUUCAAACUAAUAAGUCAUCUAAUUCGGAAUCUCAAACAGGGUCUUUUGCAACUAACAUAGUGACAGAGAAAACCAACAACAGAAAUAGUUCAUACACACAAACUGAAAAUGACUCGAAUGUAUCUCAGCAUUCUCAGCAAGUUCAAACUAAUAAGACAUCUAAUUCGGAAUCUCAAACAGGGUCUUGUUUCUCUCCAAUAUUAACAGACAAAACCAACAACAGCAAUAGUUCACAAACUGAGAAUGAUUCUAAUCAAAUAUCAGAGAAAGCCAUUCAAAACAAGAGAAAAAAUAAAUCACACACUGCAUCUGCUUCAACUACAUCCACAGAAUUCAAUUCGAGACAAAAUCCAGAAAAUGGUACGAAUAAUGGGGAAAGACGUAGUGAAACACCAGUAAACAGGCAACAGAGUACCGACAAAAUUAGUUCACAGACGCCCACACCCUUGAAUUCAAAUCCACUGCAAUCGCAAUCUAAUACCUCCCAUCCUACAGUACGAAAGAACAUUCCUGAUAAUACAAAAAACAAGCUGCCACAUCAAAGGAGAAUUUCCUCAAAUAUGACACCAAUAGAACAAACGCAAUACCUCUAUAUUAGUAGAAGCAGUACAUCACAAGCAGUAAUUAAUAUCAGCCGAAACUCAGAAGAGCAAAUUCGACGUAACGAAGGAAAUAAAUUACCCAUGCACGGGCAAUAUUAUUCGAAUAAACAGACCGAUAAACAUGUUCCAAGCAGUCGAUAUAACACACACGCGCCUCCCGUUCUAAGAGUGGAAAAUAAUCGCAACAGUGAGAAAGGACCCACAGAAAGAAAAUCUUAUAGUACAUUACCAAGCCAUGCAAGUGAAACGCAGGCUAAUUUAAGUCCAAGGCCAGUAGAACGAGAAAGAGACACUUGUAAUCCACAGUUCCGAAUUCAUGACACUACUAUACGUCAAUUGGGAAGCAACAAUAAAAGAAAAAGUUCAGGAGUAGAACCGCAAACAUGCGACCCGAAACGAGUACAGAUUGUCGCGAGAGCUCAACCCACCAAUCAUGCGGGACAGGUAACAAACACCAAUACAAGACCAUUGUUUCCCCCACCCUUGAUAGAAAUACCAUAUUCUCCUAGAUUGAAAGUAAAUGGACAACCACUUAGCGAGAACAGACAUAGCAAUCAAAGGAAAGAUGUUCAUGAAAAAGCCAAUGAACAAAGUCAUAUGCAUGUGCAAAACCAUUGUAACGUAAAUCAAAAAGAAGUUCAAGGUAAUGCCGGAGAAAAUAAUAGCAUCAGAAUAGUUAAUUCGUUCAGUGUGUCAUCUGAUAGAAAUGGACAUUAUAACCACGAGGAAACUCCACCUCCAUCAAUCCCAUUAGAUUUACAAAAUUAUCGUACAAUGGGACGGAACUUAUUUAGUUUAUUAGAGCGCCAAAUAUAUAAGAGGACUUAAUUAACGUAUGUAAAAGAACCCUUUUUUUAUAGUGGGGAAAUAUUCCAAAGAUACCCACGGCCCCCGGGGAAGGAGCAUGUAAAAGAACCCUAAAAAUAUGUAGUAUAUUAAACUUCUACCUCAACAGAAUUUCUUGCAUUUAUAAUGUAUUUAACCGUUAGUUUUAAGAUAUAUGUUUAGAAUACAUAUUAUAUUAUUUAUAUUUACCUCAAAUGAAAUAGCAGUAUUUAAAAAAAAAUAUAACUGAACCUCACGAAUGUUCUCGUAUAAUUCAUUAUAUUUUAUUAUUAGGUACUUAGUUCAUUUCAUAAGCUAAUAGUUAUAUUAUUACCUACUGUAAGUUUAUCUAAUAAAAAAAGCGUCUUAGAUCGUUGGUGUGCCUUAAAUGUAUACUUACUUAAUUAUGAAUUUUACUUUAAAAAUCGUUUUUAUAUCUUAUAAAACUAGAUUUAGUAUUUUUAGUUUUACGUGCCAUAGUUAGAGAUACCUCGAAAAUAUAAUAUUUUGGCAUUUCAGUGACAAAACUACUAUUUAACUAGAUUUACCGAUAUUUUUUUAUUAUUUUUAUCAUAUUUUGUAAUCUAUACUAUAAGAAAACAAUUUGAUAUUUAAUAAAUAUAUGGAUA